GCGGGAGGGGGAGGAGAACUGACGUCAGCGAGAGAGUAUUAUGGUCUGUCGUGCGCUGGCUGCUGCUUUUCUGCUCCUGGAAGCGGCCAAGGGGGGAAGCGGCGAGUCAACAUGGAGCUUUCAGCGGUGGGGGAGCGGGUGUUCGCGGCCGAGGCCCUCCUGAAACGGCGCAUACGGAAAGGACGUAUGGAAUACCUCGUGAAAUGGAAGGGCUGGUCGCAGAAGUACAGCACAUGGGAACCUGAAGAAAACAUCCUGGAUGCUCGCCUGCUUGCAGCCUUUGAGGAAAGGGAACGAGAGAUGGAGCUCUAUGGCCCCAAAAAGCGUGGUCCCAAACCCAAAACCUUCCUCCUCAAGGCUCAGGCCAAGGCAAAGGCCAAAACGUAUGAGUUCCGAAGUGACUCUGCGCGUGGCAUCCGGAUCCCCUAUCCUGGCCGCUCACCCCAGGACUUGGCUUCUACUUCCCGGGCCCGCGAGGGCCUUCGGAACAUGGGUCUGUCCCCGCCCGGGAGCAGCAGCAGCACCAGCAGCACCUGCCGAGUGGAGCCCCCUCGAGACCGUGACAGGGACCGGGAGCGAGAGAGGGACCGGGAGCGAGAACGGGGUGCCAGCCGCGUGGAUGACAAGCCCAGCUCGCCAGGCGACAGCUCCAAGAAGCGAGGCCCCAAGCCCCGGAAGGAGCUCCUGGACCCCUCACAGAGGCCCUUGGGAGAACCCAGUGAUGGCCUGGGAGAUUACCUCAAGAACAGGAAGCUGGAGGACGCCUCUUCUGGGGCAGGAAAGUUCCCAGCAGGCCACAGCGUGAUCCAGCUGGCCCGAAGGCAGGACUCGGACCUGGCCCAGUGUGGCGUGGCCAGCCCCAGCCCAGCUGAAGCCACAGGCAAGCUGGCCGUGGACACCUUUCCUGCCAGGGUCAUAAAGCACAGGGCCGCUUUCCUGGAGGCCAAAGGCCAAGGUGCCCUGGACCCUGGUGGCCCCCGGGUCCGGCAUGGCUCAGGCACCCCUGGCUCUGUGGGAGGCCUGUAUCGGGACAUGGGGGCUCAAGGGGGAAGGCCCUCCCUCAUCGCCAGGAUCCCAGUGGCCAGAAUCCUGGGGGACCCAGAGGAAGAGUCCUGGAGUCCUUCCUUGACCAACCUGGAGAAGGUGGUGGUCACUGACGUGACCUCAAACUUUUUGACCGUCACCAUUAAGGAAAGUAACACGGACCAAGGCUUUUUUAAAGAGAAAAGAUGAAUUGCUGGGUGGGCGAUCCCAGGACAAGAGCAGGAGAGAGAGAGCGAGAGCGCAAACAUGGCAUAACGCUUUUUAUUUCUGGGUGGGAGGCGGCCUUCUGGCCGGUCCCCUCCCCAACUUCACACAGCCAGCCCCUUCAUUCCUCCUCCCUCCUCCUCAGUUUUGGUUGGAAGAUUAUCUCUAGAGUUAUAUUUUCUAUUAGAUGUAAAUAUCUUAUUUAAGAAAAAAUAUCUAAAUAUAUAUAUUUCAACUCUU